CAAAACGAGCCGAGCGAGCUGCUCGGGAGCGGCGCUGGGGAAAGCAGCCGGGCUGCUCCGGGGCUUGCAGAAGACCUCCGCUAUCCCUGACAAACACAGCUCGGCCUGGGACCCUGCUGCAAAUGUCGGCAAGCAGGGAGAGCUCUGAGCAGCUUUUGUGGAGAAGAAUGGCGUGGAACGGGAGACGGAGCGGAGGCAGCCCCAGGCAAGUGAUCGUCUUCCUUCUGUGCGUUUGCGUGUGGCAGAGCGCGGCCGAAAGCCUCCGCUAUUCUCUGGCGGAGGAGAUGGAGAGGGACUCGUUGGUGGGCAAUAUCGCGCAGGACCUGGGGCUUGCUCCGAGCCAGCUGGCGGCUCGCAAGGCGCGCGUUGUGUCCGAGGGCAGCCAGCAGCUUUUCCGCCUGAACCCGAGCAGCGGAGUGCUGACGGCCAAGGAGUCUCUGGACCGAGAGGAGAUCUGUCCGCAGAGCGAGACCUGCACGCUCUUCUUUACACUCUUCUUGGACAACCCAUUGCAGCUGGUCCGAGGUGAGGUAGAGCUUCUUGACGUGAAUGACAAUUCCCCUGUGUUCCCAGAAAAGGAAAUGGUUUUAGAGAUUCUAGAAACUACACUUCCAGGGUCCCGUUUCCCUUUAGAAAGUGCCCGUGACAAGGACGUUGGAAGUAAUGGUUUGAAGAACUAUAGCCUCGAGUCCAACUCGCAUUUCUCCCUUGCUGUAGAAACAGAAAGUGAUGGAGCAAAAUAUGCUGAGGUCAUCUUAGAUAGACAGCUGGACCGUGAAGAGCAGGAAGAGCUGAGUUUAAUCCUCACUGCCACUGAUGGAGGCUCUCCACCCAGAUCAGGAACUACUCAGAUACGAAUCGUGGUGCUGGAUGCUAAUGACAACACGCCAGUGUUCAGUCGUGAGGUGUACGAGGUGCGUCUAGCCGAGAAUAGCCCCCAGGGGCAGCUGGUGGUCAGAGUUGUGGCCACAGAUCCCGACAAAGGGUCCUACGGUAAAGUACGGUAUACAUUCAGCCAGACGUCGGACAGGACGCAGCAUCUCUUUGAUUUGAAUCCUGACACGGGGGAAAUUAGGGUGGCAGGAAAACUGGACUUCGAGGAAAUGAAAAAACACGACAUGACAGUGAGAGCCUCAGACGGCGGGGGUCUAUCUACUCAUUGCAAAGUUCUGGUGGAGGUCGUGGAUGUCAACGAUAAUGCGCCGGAGAUACAGCUGACCUCACACACUGCAUCCAUUCCCGAAGACGCUCCGCUGCGCACCGUCGUGGCACUCUUCAGCGUGCGGGACAGGGACUCAGGCGACAACGGUAGAACAGAGUGCACCAUAGAAGGGGACUUGCCCUUCACCCUCACACCCACUUUGGAGAACUACUACGAGCUGAGAACCAGCACGGCGCUGGACAGGGAGACGACGGCAGAGUACAACCUCAGCAUCCGAGCGACGGACUGGGGCCAGCGGCGCCUGAGCGCCCUUGAAAGCCUGUGGGUGCAGGUGGGGGACGUGAACGACAACGCCCCCGCCUUCAGCCAGGAGCUGUACAGCCUGUGGGUGACGGAGAACAACAGGCCGAUGGUGCGCAUCGGGCGCGUGCAGGCGAGCGACGCGGACGCGGGCAGCAACGCGCGCGUGCAGUACGCGCUGGUGCGCGGGGAGGGCGCGGAGCAGCCCGCGCUGUCGGUGAACGCGGAGAGCGGCGAGGUGUACGUGGUGCGGGCGCUGGACUACGAGCGGCUGCGCGCCUUGGAGGUGCGGGUGCGCGCCACGGACGGCGGCUGGCCGGCGCUGAGCGCGCAGGCGGUGCUGCGCGUGCUGGUGCGCGACGAGAACGACAACGCGCCGGUGGUGCUGCACCCGGGCGGCGAGAGCGGCGCGGGCGCGGGCGAGCUGGUGCCGCGCUGGGCGCCGGCGGGCUACCUGGUGGCCAAGGUGGUGGCGGUGGACGCGGACGCGGGCCAGAACGCCUGGCUGUCGUACGAGCUGGCCAAGGCCACGGAGCCGGGGCUCUUCCGCCUCGGGCCGCACAGCGGCGAGCUGCGCACGGCCAGGGCCGUGGCCGAGCGCGACGCGCCCCGACACAGCCUCGUCGUGCUCGUGCGAGACCGCGGCCAGCCGCCGCGCUCGGCCAGCGCCACCCUCGCCGUCGCCCUGCUCCGCGACUUCUCCGACGCCCACGCAAGCCUCGCCCACGACCCGCCGCCCCACGAGCCCGACCACACGCUCACGCUCUACCUCAUCGCCUGCCUGGCCUGCGUCUCCGCGCUCUGCCUGGCCACCGGCCUGGCCGCGCUGCUCACGAAGCUGCGGCGGGACCGGCGCAAGCGCGCCGAGCCCUUGCCCACCUUCCCGACGGCUGUGCCCGACAGCGACGCGGGCUCCCUUCCCCGCAGCCUGGUCUACGACGUCUGCUUGGCCACCGGCACCCUGAGCAGCGACUUUCACUUCCUGGGGCCUCUCUUGCCUUGCUUCCCUGCGGGGGUGACUCCUGGUGUGGCCCCCCAGCGGAGCUCGGUGUGCUCGCAAGAGUCGUCGAGACUCGGGGAAGGAGGCGACUGCACUGCACAGGGCAGAGCUCCCCUCUCUGAAGACAUGGGUGCCAGACCUGUUGAAGAAGCUUGUGCUGCAGACGGGGGGGGUGGUGCUACAUGUCAGUUCUGAUCAAAACCCUUGGCUCACCCGUCAGUAAGCGAGGAGAAAAGCAAUCUUGUCUGUUCUCACCGGCUAACGUUCUGACAUGGAAUAGAGAACAAAGAGACCAAACACCCAUUAAGAAGUACCAGAGAGGUACAAGCACUCUUUGCCAGAAAGCAAACCCCUCUCCCCUCUUAAGCACUCCUUUAUUCGUGCAGGUAUUUUGUAAUUGUGACAUGGAGGGAGGGAGGAUGAGGCCUGUGUUGCAUGCUGACUACACUGAGACUUGGUGCAUGCUUGUGAGACUGAUCCUGCUUCUGAAUUUUAAGGGAAAUACUGAAAACUGGAGGCAGAUCUUUGAGGUAACUUCCUCCCACAUCACAUUUUCUGUGUUUGUUUUUUGUGUGCCUCUGUUACAGUGUCUUAAGUUUCUGCAGUCUGGUCAAUCCCAGGCAAACAUAUUCAGCAGAAUUCAGUGGUGCUUAAAAAGGAAUUGCUUAAUAACAGAAGGAAGCUGAUUACAUCAAAAAUGGGUGACAUUGACACUCUGAGCAGGAGUUCACAGGUUCUUCUGUCUCUGAAGAGUGGGCUUUGAGCAAUGUGUUGAUUAUUUUUAUUCAUAAAGUUGAAAUUAAGACAUUAUGCUGAAAAACCUGAAAUGUUAGAGAGUUAAAAGCACUGUUUGUGGUUUAGCAACAAAAUUGGCUGAAAUGCUAGCAGUGAACUUAAGACAUAUAAGGCAUGAAGAAGCUUUCUGUUUACCUGUCAUUAACCCGUAAUGAUUUCUGAAGUCAUGUGGUAAUUCCUCUUAACUGUCAGAUGCCUGAUAACAGAAGACAAUAAAACCUUCUUAGAACUCCAA